AUGUCGUCGUCUGAAUUAAUAUCACCAACAGCUAAUGUUUCGUUUUCUCAUGUAUCACUUCAACCUGGUGAAAAAAGAUCAGCUCAAUUAGCUUAUUUUAAUCAUGAAGAAGAUAUUGGUAAUGCAAUGCAAACUAUUUUUCAUGAGAAAAAUUUCGAUUUACCAUUACCAAAAAUUUUUAUUACACUUGAAGGUGGUCUAAAUAAUAAUAGUGAACGAUCGAAUGAUUUCAGUGAAAAACAAUUUUCAACAUCAGUUGCAAAAUUUCUUUUAGAUAUUGGAAGAAAUAAAUUAAAAGUUCAAAAUGAUGCUCCAUGGUUAUUCACUUAUGUUCGACAUGAUUUCGUUGCUGGACGUAUUAUUCAAACAACUAAACAACAAUAUUUAGCUAAUGAUAUACCUUUAACAAGAUUUGUUAAUAUUGGUAUUGAUGUUUGUCAAUCGAUGCCAUUAGAAAAUGCACCAUAUGAUUAUCAAUCAAUUGUUAGUGCAAUUACAGGUACGAAGAAUGUUUUUUUAAGAACCGAUUCAGUUGGGGAUGAAUGUACGAAUUCUUAUCGUAUAUUAAAUAAACGAUUAUCACGAUUAAUUUUAUAUGGACGACAAAAACAAGAUUUAGUUGAUCGAUGUACUAUAUUACAACGAUGUGUUGAUGAAAUGAGUCGAUUACAAGAAUGUAGUACAAGUGAAAGUUUAGUUGUACCAAAAAUUAUAUUAUUAUAUGGUGGUGAUGUUGUUAAUGUUAGUUCAAUUUAUAGAUUAAUGAAUGUGGAACUCGAACAAAGAAAAUUUGGAUUAGUCAUUAUUCGAGGAUCUGGUGGAUUGGCUGAUGUUCUUGCUUGGGUCUCUGAUAAAAUUCGUGGCGGUGGUUCAGUAUGCUUUCAUAAUUCUGAUCGAAUGUCAUUAACACGAACAUUUCUUCGAGAAUUAACAGUAAUUGUUGAUCAAUUACUUUCUAGUGAUAUGAAUGAUGAUUUAAUAGCUUUGAUUACAUAUUUAUCAUUAAGUCGAUGUGCAAAAGUUCGUGUUUGUGAUGAAGAUGAUGAUCUUUCAUUAUAUUUUCUUGAAGCUUUAGUAUCAACAAAUUCUAAUCAACGUUUAUCAUCAGUAAAAUUACAUUUAUCAUUAGCAUUUGAUUUAAAUCAACCAAAAUUUGCUAGUAAAAUGUUACGUGCAAAUCAAGAUAUACCUGAACAAGAUCUAAUACAAUUAGCUCAAAUGGCAAUUAUAAGAGAUCAAGUAGAAUUUCUUCCUGUAUUAGAAGAUGUAUGUGGUAUCACAUCGGAUCAUCUUGGAGAACAUUUUGAAAAAGAAUUGAGUUUAAAAAUGAAUUAUAAUCAUGCACUUUUUCUUGAAUGUAUUCAAGAAAAUUUUGGAUGUGAUCUUGAAGAAAUUUAUCGACCAACAGAUGAAACUAGUGAACAUGCAGAAGAUGAAAUUCAAUCAAUUAAUGUGAAAUUAUUUUUAUGGGCAGUUUUUUUUGAUCAUUAUAAUUUAUCACUACAUUUUUGGAGACGACUUAAUGAUCGAUUAUGUGGUGCACUUGUUGCUGCAAAUGUCUAUCGUCAUACAGCUGAUUUAUGUGUAAAACGAAGUUCAACAGAAAGUAUAACUGUAGAAAAAUUAAGACAACAUGCCAAUGAAUAUGAAAAUCUUGCAAUACGUUUACUGAAUUCACUUUAUACAUCAAAUUCGAAUAUGGCAAGAUUAGCAAUUAAACGAGAAAAUUUUGAAUUUAAUAAAUUAUCAUCACUUGAAGUUGCGAUAUUAUCACAUAGUGAAAAUUUUGUUGCACAUACAAGUGUACAAGAAGUAUUUGAUAUUGUUUGGUGUGGUGACGUAUCUUCUAAAAUUAAAGGCAAAUCAUUUAAUCGAAUGCUUUCAGUUCCAUCAUCUUUCGAUGACGCUACAAAUAAAAUUCCAGUACAAGAGAAUAAAAAUUUACUUAAAUAUUUUUUAACAAUAAAGAAAAAAUUAUACCGGCCACAGAUAAAAUACCAAGUACAUUUUUUAUUCUACAUUACUUUUCUAUGUCUUCUAUCGUACCUUGUACUUUUUGUUAAAAUACCAAUACUUCGAAUUAAUGAAGAUAUUAAAUAUUCCGUUCAAAAUGGAACAUGUUCACAAAAUGAAAUAUUCUGUUCAUCAUCGACAACUUUGAAACAACGAUGGUCUUGGUUACAAAUGGUUAUUCAUAUCUGGAUAUUUAUGUUUGCACUUGAAGAAUUUCGACAAUUUAAAUUAUUAAAAACACGAGAUAUUGGAAUUGGACAAACAUUUAUAAUUUAUCUUCGUGAAUCAUGGAAUAAACUUGAUGUUCUUUGUGUAUGUUUAUAUUUGAUUUCAAUUAUAUUGGAAUGUUUUAAUACAAAGAUAACAUUAAAUGCUGCAAGAGCUUUUCUUGCUAUUGAUGUUGUUUUUUGGUUUAUACGAUUAUUAAUAUUAUUAAUGAUUGAUCGUACUGUUGGACCGAUGCUUUUAAUGAUACAAGCUAUGGUAGGAGCGCUUAGUGAUAUGGGAACGUUUUUUUCAAUAUUUUUCGUAUUUACAUCGGCAUAUGGUGUUGCUUCAUUUGCUUUAUUAAAAAAUGGAGAAUUAUUUUUAGACUUAUCAGUGUUUAGAAAAAUUUUUCAUCAAGCAUACUGGCAUGUUUUUGGUCAAAUGAACGAUCUUGAUGAUAUUGAAAAUAAUUUUGAAAUAACGGGAUGGGCAGCAUUUGCUUUACUUGCUUGUUAUAUGGCAGUUAGUAAUAUAUUAUUAGUUAAUUUACUUGUCGCUAUGUUUUCAAAUACAUUUGAUCGAAUGUUUGCAAAAAUGGAUACAUUAUGGAAAUUUUAUCGAUAUCAUAUUAUUAAAGAAUAUACAAUACUUCCACCACUACCUCCACCAUUGAAUCUUUUUUAUGCGACUGAUCAGAGUUCGAAACCGUUUGAUCCUGAAUUAUCAUCUGAUCAAAUACUUGAUUUGCAACGACGUGAAGCUCUUGCUUAUGCAAGUGAUAAAUUCGAAAAUGCAACAAAAGAUUGUCAGUCUGAUACAGAACAUCGAGAAGAACUUAAUUUACAUGUACGACAAUUACGAAAAAUGAUGACACAUAUUAAGAUUACAUGUGAAGCAUCAACAGGAGAUAUUUUAAAGCAAUACUCAUAA